UUCUGCCUGCCUGGAUCUGCUGCUGCUAGCGGAAGUGAAGCUUCUGCGAAGCACAACACAGCAUUAACUGAAAAGAGAGGCUAUGCACAAUACACAAUUUGUAGCUGAUUAGGGAGGUCAGUGAUACCAUGUGGAAGUCACAUGAGCGACGAGGAUGAGGCAGAAACAACAAGGGGGCAGCUUGAGGAGUGAUCCGCUGCACAGUGACUGCAACAGGGAGGGUGUCUGCUGCUCGUAAAGGCCUUGCACAAGCAGCCCCCUGUGUCCCCUUAUCGCUUAACAUUUACAAUGAACAGUACUACUCAGUCCCCUGCCACCAUAGAUGGGAAUGUGGCUGUCAGCUAUGUGCUGGUGCCAUUUUUCCUCAUAACCUUUGCUGGGAUAAUUGCAGCUGUGAUAAUGUAUAUUCGUAGGAAAAGGAGAGUUGACAGACUGCGUCAUCAGCUAUUACCAGUGUACACGUACGAUCCUUCAGAGGAGAUUAAUGAAGCCGAACAAGAAAUGUUGUGGAAAGAAGAGGACACAAGGAUUGUACAAAGUUGGGCGUCAAGUUAUCAACAGCAACACCCUCUUCUGACCAAAGACGUCAAUGCAUGAUGUUGGUAAACCCUGACAUUGAGCACUGCGGGGUGUGACGACAAACCUGCAACCACAGAGAUCAGUAAUUUUUAUCGUGAUGUACAAACAAUCGUGUACAAUACUUCUUGGCUUUUAUUUGCUUCCUUUUACUGUCGUCUCUGAGCACAUCGGUGACGAUGAGCAUUUUCCUGUGUUCUCUUUUAUGUACACUUUGACGUUGAACUUCUGAUGCCGAUCCUGUGUGCCUAACAGUCUCAGUACCUUAAGAUUAUUUAUUUGAAAUUAUUUAUUUAAACCUGUUUUUAUUGAAAAAUUCAGUGACAUGACUCAAAGUUUCAAAGGUACAGGUACCUGUAGAUUUUUAAUCUGUUGUUUACAUUUGCUAUGUUGUUGUGGGCGACGUGUGGCAAGCUGUUAUGUUCCUGUGGGUUGCAGUGAGCAUUCGUACUAGCUGUGCUCUUCGUGGCACGAAUGUGCUGUACCCUUUAAAAAUCAGCAGUUCUGCUGCGAGAGGAAUUGUGAUCAUUGCCUGUGCUGGUGAUUUUAAACGAGUUGUGUGCAGUGCAUUAGAAAAACAAAUCAUCCUCUGAUAAAAUGACUAGUGUAGCGUUCAACAGUUACAUUGUUGCAAAACUCUCAGAAAGACUUUUAAACAUGAAAGCCUCAUUGCUGAAAAAUAAAAUUAGCAGCUAAGAUCAAGCUGCUAAAUUUGAUUUCAGUUUCAUUUUCAGUGAAAUGAUUGAACAGCUCGCUUUAGUUUUACUUUGCUUAAAGAAUCUAACUCAUGCCUGGAGAUUCAUGUCUCUUUGUGGUUUAGCCAAAUCCUGUGACUCUUAUCAAUGGCAUGAAAAGCCAGAUAGUGGAAGUAAAUAACACCAAACUCUCAUCCCUAAAAUGAGCUCUGACUAGCUCUCAAAAUAUGUCCUGUCUACAAGGCAUGGCACCAACAAAUUUGCCUCCAGCUGAAGAAUCUGUUCAGAUGAAUGCCAUAAGUCUGACUGUUUUAAGCACUCAGGAAGUCUUGCUCUUUUUUUUUCUUUACGAGUCAUAACCUCCCCGGUUCCUUUUUUGCCUUGCAUUUGUGAAUGUAAACGAAGAACAAUUGAACUGUUUAACUGCCCUCAGAUGGGGGAAACAUUACUCAGUCCAACAGCUAAUGUAUUGUACUGAGCAUGUAAUGCUCAAACAUGUCAUGUUAUCAGUUAUGACAUCUAAAAGUGUGGGCGGCAUGGUGGUGCAUAACAAGCAAGAAAGUUCUGGGUUUAAACCUUUCUGUGUGGCAUUUGUUUUCCCACUGUGCUUUAUCCACAGUGUCAGAAGAAAAUCCACACUCCAGGGCUGGCUCUGGGUGUGACUGUUGCUGGUUGUCUCAGCGCUAGUCCUUGCUUCCACCUGUCCGGGGAGUGCCCUACCUCUCCGUGGGUUGGGCUCCAGCCCCACCCUGACCCUCUACAGCUGUGGUUCUCAAAGUUUGGCUUACCAUUUGGUGGUCUGUCAUAGCGGUGCACAAAAAGAUGUGGGAGCAUUUCUAUUAAAUUGCAACACAUUUAGCUGUAGUUAUCAUAGAUGAAUGAGUCUUAUUAACACUGACAAAUACAGAUAGUGUAAGGAAAUGUAACAUCCACCUCAGUAAUUGUUAAAGCCCAGCAAAGCACACACACAAAAAAGCAAAUGCCAACAUGAACCACUAUUUGCUGAACAGGCACUUUAAAGUGUGGAUUUUUCCUGGGUAGUCCACUUACACUGGCUCCCUAAACUUUGAGAACCCAGCUCUGCAUUCUGGGAUGGCCAACUAGUUAUUAUACCCAGAGGUGCUUAUGUAUCAGCCUAAUUGUGUUUCUAUUCUAUGCAUUGUCUAGAGUUUUUCAGCUUUUGUGAAGAAUCUUAUGAAAUGAGCCAUUCAUCUUUAAAAUUGUAUCCACUGUUGACUUAGAUUUGCACAGGUGACACACCAGAGGGGUUCAACUUUGAAGUUCAACAUUGCAAGGCUUUCUUGACAAAACCUAAAACCCCUGUCAGAUAAAAUGGGUAAUGGUGUUUUUCAACUGUUCAGGCAGGUUUUCUGCUUCAGCUUCUGCGAGCGCUCACAUAAGAGGCGUUUCAUUAUGUGAUUGAUCCCUAUGAGCCCAGCAGCUCUAGACAUUAUCAAGCAGUGGUGCACUCUCAGUGUGACUGCUUAUUUCUCACAUGUAGUACACCCCUCUGGUAAACUUUGCAUGAAAGGCUGUGCAUUCAGGUGAUGUUUGAUGACAUGGACUGAUGCAAAUGUAAUUUUGGGAACAUUGUAACAAUCUUUCUCCUUUUAGAAUGUACAUCCAUUGGUUCAAGAGACUUGGUAAGGUAGUUGAAACGCUGGAAAUAUAAUUUACUUUUGUAGAUAGUUGCAAUGCAUCAUUGUAGCCUGCAUGAGCUGCACAGCAGAGUGCAAUAAUAUGAACAAGUGACAAAGAAAAUUCUCUUUAUUGACCAUUUUCUGAUACAAAUUGUUGUAGGGCACCAUAGAAAUAUAGACAUUGUACAUUUAUAUACGUGUACAUUAAAAAGAAUGAUCCCAU